GCCAAACACUUUCAAGGUGCGGUCACGUGACUCCCUGCUGACCAAAUCGCAGGAAAGACAGUUAGUGAUGGUUCCUGAGGGUUCCUGAGCUCGACUCUGCAUUAGGAAAUCAGUCUUAUUUCUGGGAAGCGCUGCUGGGAAGAGGCAUGUUGUUGUUUAGGGAUAAAAUGCGGCGGGAAUGACUGACUGUCCUAAUCCAGGGACACAUGGAGGAAGUGAUAACCGACACCGGGAAGCUGUUGCAGGCGGCAGGAGAAGAGAGGAGCCCGGUCAGCCAGCAGCCAGAUGACCGCUGUAGGAGGAGGGUGGCCGCGGUGAGCUGUCCUGCUCUGUCCGCCGAGAGGCUCACCUUACCGGGAGUCAUGGACACAGAGGGGCGUGUGGACGAGUCCCGACUGAGGAUGCACAUCCUCAAAAACGGUGGCGUUUCUCCGCCUGAGCGAGGCCUGGCGUGGUGUUUCCUGUUUGGGAUGUAUCCGUGCAGCUCCACAGCUUUAGAGCGUUCUCUUCUGCAUGAGCAGCUGGUCGUACGUUACCUCGUCAUGAGGCGAAAGUGGCGGCGGUUUCUUCCAUCAGCAGUUCAGAUCCAGCUUAACGGCACAGAUGCUGAGCUGGUGGCAGCUCUCGGGUACUUUGAGCAGAGAGAGGCUCAGGCCCGGGCCCAGCAGCAGACCCAGGAUCAGUCUGAGGAGCUCAAGGACAGAUGGACCUUUCUGGAGCUACAAGCUCAGAUCCUGUUUGAGCGUGUGACUUUUGACCAGGAGGAGCUGCAGGAAGCCAUAAGAAUCAUUGACAAAGACGUGCCUCGAACAAACAGAGACCUGAACUAUUACCAAAACGAAGGUUUAGGAAAUCUGUUGGUGCUGAGAGACAUCCUCAUAACUUAUGCUGCCUUUCAUCCAGAGGUUAGCUACGCUCAGGGAAUGAACGACCUGUGCAGCCGCUUCCUGGAAGUUCUGGACUCAGAGGUUGAUACUUUCUGGAGUUUCUCCUGCUACAUGGAGAAAUUCUCCAGAGAUUUCAGAGCUGACGGCCUGCACAGAAAACUAGAGCUGGAGGCGGCCUUGUUGAAGGAACUGGACCCCCCUCUUUUUUCUCAUUUAGUCAAAGACGGCAUGGAGAGUUUCACCUUCUGCCACAGGUGGCUCCUGUUGGGCUUCCAGAGGGAGUUUGAACACAGCGAUGCCCUCCGUUUGUUUGAGAUCCUGAGUAGUGACCAUCUGGAGCUCAUUUCACAACAGCUUGACCGCGCUCGCUAUCAGGAGAGGCUUUCUCAGAAAUACUGCACAGACGACAGCUCCAAGUCAGACCUGCAAGCAUUCAACACGGACUUCACCUUUGAGCUUUUCAUCUGUGCCGCCAUUCUGUUGGACAACCGAGAGUCUCUGCUGCGCUGUCAAGAUGACGUCCAGCUCAUCCAGUUCACCAGCAGCCUCCAGGGAACACUGGACCUGAACAGCACGCUGCAGAAAGCAGAGAGUCAUUUCUUCAAUUACUGCAAGCGCUGUGCCUGGGAUCACAUGCAGGAGCGCUGCAGAGCAAACAGCAGCAAACACGAGGACUUUUUUUAUCAGCUACGAAGUUUAUUUGUUUUAAAGUAAACUCUCCGUUUUGCAGCAGAUCACUUGUUCCUGCUGACGGCUGCAUAAUGUGCACGUAAAUAAUUUAAAAAUGAUGCAAUAACAGCUGUGAUUUUUUUCUCGUUUUUUUUUACUACAAACGAUUUUUAAAGUAAAAUAAUGCAUCCUGUGGUGUGUUAACUACGUCAUAUACGCUUUAACCUCAUGAGGUUUUGUCACAUUUAAAUAUGAGCAGAGUGCAGAAGUGAGCCGUCACAACAGCUGCUGUUCUAAAAAAACACCGCAGUUUCAUUUGAGACCAGAUGGCAACCGACUCUGUGAGCAACGGGAUAAAGGGGGCAGUUGCAGUCACAAGGAAGUGAAACACACACUCACAAUGUGAUUUAUAUGACUUUAUUAACACUUUUCAUUUUCUGGUGUUUUUAUGUUCAAAGUUAGGGUUAGGUGCAUGUAGGAAAUAAAACUU